AUGCUAGUGUGGUUACCAGCAGUAUCAAAGCUAGCAGAUGUGGAGGAGGAGGAGGAGGAGGAGGAGGAGGAGGAGGAGGAGGAGGAGGAGGAGGAGGAGGAGGAGGAGGAGGAGGAGGAGGAGGAGGAGAGAGCUGAAAGGAGGGAAGGGGAGAGGUGUCACUGUCACUGGCCCUCCUCUUUGCUUCUCCCACUCCUCCCACUCCUCCCACUCCACACGUUACACCUGCGCCCUCUUCUCUCUCUCCCUUGCUGCUCUCUCCCCUUCCUACCCUCCCACUCUCUCCCCCUCCACCCCUCCCCCUCUCUCCCCCUCCUCCCUCCUUACUUUCUCCCCCUCCUCCCAUACGCGUUUCAGUAUGUUUCUGUUCCAGAUGGGAUGUCCCAUUAA